ACUCUGGUACGCCCUGUAAAAAAUAAGAGGAGUGACUGAGAGAUCGGGCGUCCCAAAGCGUACGGAGAGAGGGAUGAAAAACAGGAGCAAGAGACAGCAGAGGAGGAGGAGAACUGGGUGAAUGCAGAGAGAGAGAAAAGACGUGGUGUUGAUUGUUAUGGGUUAACCGGUGGCUGUGCCCUCAGGCACGCUCUGUGAAUGUCUCUCACCAUGGCCAAGCACGAGACCAGCAACAGCAGCCCCGUCGUGCGGCAGAUCGACAAGCAGUUCCUGGUGUGCAGCAUCUGCCUGGAUCACUACCACAACCCCAAAGUCCUGCCCUGCCUGCACACCUUCUGCGAAAGGUGCCUACAGAACUACAUCCCCCCUCAGUCCCUGACGCUGUCCUGCCCCGUGUGCCGCCAGACCUCCAUCCUGCCGGAGAAGGGCGUGGCCGCCCUGCAGAACAACUUCUUCAUCACCAACCUGAUGGAGGUGCUCCAGCGGGGCCCGGAGUGCACCCGUCCCGAGGCCUGCAGCGUGCUGGAGUCCGUCAGCGCGGCCGCCGCCGGGACGCCCCUCUGCUGUCCGAACCACGAGGGCAAGGUGAUGGAGUUCUACUGCGAGUCGUGUGAGACGGCCAUGUGCCUGGAGUGCACAGAGGGAGAACACCGGGAACACGUGACCGUCCCCCUGCGGGACGUCCUGGAGCAGCACAAAGCCGCGCUCAAGAACCAGCUGGAUGCCAUCCGCGGCAGACUCCCCCAGCUGACGGCGGCCAUCGAGCUGGUGAACGAGAUCUCCAAGCAGCUGACGGAGCGCAAGAACGAGGCGGUGAGCGAGAUCACCUGCACCUUCGAGGAGCUGGAGCGGGCGCUGCACCUGCGCAAGAGCGCCCUCAUCACUGACCUGGAGAGCAUCUGCAGCGCCAAGCAGAAGGUGCUGCAGGCCCAGCUGGCCUCCCUGCUCCAGGGGAAGGAGCACAUCCAGAGCAGCUGCAGCUUCACGGAGCAGGCCCUGGACCACGGCAGCGCCACCGAGGUCCUGCUGGUCCAGAAGCAGAUGAGCGAGCGGGUCGGCGCCCUGGCCCGGCACGAGUUCCCCGAGCAGCCGCACGAGAACGGCCACCUGGACUGCCUGGUGGAGACGGAGGGCCUGCGCCGCUCCAUCCAAAACCUGGGCGUCCUGCUGAGCACGGGGGCCGUGGGCCACACCAGCGUGGCCACGGGCGAGGGCCUCCGGCACGCCCUGGUGGGCCAGCACACCUCCGUCACCGUGACCACCAAGGACAAGGCCGGGGAGCUGGUGCGGACGGGCAACGCCGCGCUGCGCGCCGAGAUCUCCGGGCCCGACGGGGCGCGGGCCGAGGCGGAGGUGGUGGACAACAAGAACGGGACGUACGAGGUGGGCUACACCCUGCGCGCCGAGGGCGAGUUCUCCUUCGCCCUGCUGCUGUACGGGCAGCCCGUGCGCGGCAGCCCCUUCCGCCUGCGCGCCGUCAAGCCCUCCGACGUGCCGCAGUCCCCCGACGACGUCAAGCGCCGGGUGAAGUCGCCCAGCGGCGGCGGCGGCCACGUGCGGCAGAAGGCCGUCCGCCGCCCCUCCAGCAUGUACAGCACCAGCAGGAAGAAGGAGAACCCCAUGGAGGACGAGCUCAUCUACCGAGUCGGCUCGCGCGGGCGGGAGAAGGGCGAGUUCACCAACCUGCAGGGCAUUUCUGCCUCCAGCACCGGCAGGAUCGUGGUGGCGGACAGCAACAAUCAGUGCAUCCAGGUCUUCUCCAAUGACGGACUGUUUAAACUAAGGUUUGGGGUCAGAGGUCGUUCACCAGGUCAGCUCCAGCGCCCCACAGGCGUCACCGUGGACAUGAACGGUGACAUCAUCGUGGCCGACUACGACAACAGAUGGGUCAGCAUCUUUACUUCAGACGGCAAGUUCAAGAAUAAAAUCGGUGCCGGUCGUCUGAUGGGGCCGAAGGGUGUGGCUGUGGACAAGAAUGGUCACAUUAUCACCGUGGACAACAAAGCCUGCUGCGUCUUCAUAUUCCAGUCCAACGGGAAGCUGGUGACCAAGUUCGGAGCGCGAGGAACAUCGGAGCGCCAGUUCGCAGAAAAAAGUGGCGCAAACAUCGCACUGGAGCAAAAGCUGAGUAAAUCUGGCCCUGCGUUCAGUCCACACUUUGUCGCAGUAAAUAACAAGAAUGAAAUAGUGGUGACAGACUUUCACAACCACUCCGUUAAGGUGUACAGUGCGGACGGAGAGUUCCUGUUCAAAUUUGGCUCUCACGGAGAGGGAAACGGUCAGUUCAAUGCCCCCACGGGUGUGGCCGUGGACGCCAACGGCAACAUCAUUGUUGCUGACUGGGGCAAUAGCCGAAUACAGGUGUUUGACAGCUCUGGGUCCUUCCUGUCCUACAUAAACACGACGGCGGACCCCCUGUACGGACCCCAAGGCCUGGCCCUCACCUCGGACGGCCACGUGGCAGUGGCGGACUCUGGGAACCACUGCUUCAAGGUGUACCGCUACCUGCAGUAGAGCGCGGAGAGAAGAAGGGUUCAAACAGGGUUCAGACAUUUCUCCUCCGCUUUAAUCAUUCAACUCCACGCAUCAGAAAGCCCGAUACAUGUACUCUUUACAAUCUCUCCCGGAAAAAUUCAAAGUGAAAAACGAACAAAAGGAAAAAUGUUUUUCUUUUUCUACUGCCGGUGUUGUCUGGACGUAAACCGACUGAACUGAAGGACUUGACCUUUUCCGUUAAAUAAACACGACAAAACAAUGAAAGUAUAUCAGGAACUCAGAAGGAUGGAUUAAAAGAAAGUGUGUAGAUAUAUUCUGAGUGAUUAACCACACCUAGUGUGGAAACUGUUUCCAAAUGCAUGAAGUAGCUCAUCGGAAACACAACUGAGACAAAGAAUGUUUAUAAACUGGUAGCUUUUCCCGGCUGUAAAUGCCAAAAGACAAAAGGACGAUUCAUACCUCUCUCUUAACUCUGAGUGCAGUAUUGAGACCGAAUCUUUCUCUGUUUGUUCAUUCAUUGUAACAGCAGAUUUUAUCCAUGACAAAGCAAGCCAUCUUGAACAUGACUUUGACGCCAUCUUGUGCAUUUCAUUUUGUUGUAUAUUUAUUCUUGUAAACACAUAUCUGUAUAUCCUGUAAAUUGAAUUGUUCUCUGAAGCUGCAUUUACGUUAUAAGACUUAUGGGUCUAACUGAGUAUCUCACAUUUCGGAUAACUAGCAUUUCAGCGUUUGUAAGAAGUGUGCAGGUGAAGAUUUAAAUUGUGUGGGUUUAAACCCGGACGUGUAAGCCCAAGCUUAUGAAAUGGAGUGUGCCGUAUUUAUUGCAAACAGCUAUAGCACAAUUAUUCACUUUUUUAUGUGCUCUUUUUAAAACAAAAAGGAAAAAAAGUACAAAAAACAAGAAGUUGCUUAUUCUUAAUUUAUUUUAUUUUAUACAUGAUUUUAUCUUUUACAGAUUAUUUUUCUAAUUUUAAGCAUUUGUUUUUGUUUCUGCCAAACUUCAGGUGCAGGCCUUGAUGCUAUACUGUACGUACUCUGCCCGGUAAACACCUAGAUAUAGUCAGCAACUAAUGACAAAAAUAAAAAGAUCUUCAUCAUUAUCUUUAUUUUUUGCCAAAAAGCAUAAAUUGGUUACUGUUGCCAUUUACUGGGAAAAGUGCAACUCAUAAACGUAUGUAUAUAGAUAUUAUAUAUGCUAUAUCUAUACAGUGUCAUCGCUAUUAUUCUGGCUAAAGAUAAUUACAAUUUCUCAGUUGAGUUAUUUGAAUAAUUUUUUAAGUAAAUGCAGCGCAAUGCUAAUUGUUCUUAUAACCAACCCAUGUGCUCAAAUAUGGUUUGUAUUAUUUUUACAACCUAUUUUCAGUGAUAGAGCCUCUCCCAGGAAGCUCAGAAAACUGUACUUGCAAUCGUGUCAUCACAGUAAUUUCUGCUGUGCCUUGUUUUAAAUGUAUGA